AUGGACGGCGUGCAACUACUCCACGGGGUGGUGGAUCCGCAAGCCGCCAUCAGCGCCAUCGGCGCCACUCCCCACCCACCCUCCCCUCCUCCUUUCCUUGCCCUCCUCAUCCCCGCCCCCCUCGCACCGCACCCAUCUCCCUCCCUCUACCACGCUCACUCCACCUCCCUCUCCCCCAUCUCCCGUCUCCCUCCCCCCAUUUCCCUCCCAACGAUUUCCCUUCCCCCCAUCUCCCUCUCUCCACAAUCUCCCCCCACCUCCCACCGCUGCAUUUCCAUCGGACGUGGGACCCGUGAAUUGCAUCAACCGCCACCAGCUUUCCUCCCCUCUCCCCACUCCCCCCAUCUUCACCCCCCCGAUCUCCCUCCCCCCACCGCUGCAUUUCCAUCAGGACGGGUAUCAUUGGCAGCCUGCUUUCAACCUUUCCCCCUCUUCAAUCCCUCCCCCUCCUAG